AUGGUGGGCAGAUCCAAAUACAAAGCCUUUAGAGGGAUUAAAGAAAAAGUAUGGCAGAAGCUAAAUGGGUGGAAAAAUCAAUUUUUAUCUUUCCCUGGGAAAGAGGUACUCCUAAAAGCUGUUGUACAGGCCAUUCCUACGUGUCAUAUGAGUGUCUUCAAGCUACAUGUGAAGCUAUGUAAGGAAUUGGCUGGGAUGAUGGCUCGGUUUUGGUGGGGUCAUAUGCAAAAUGACAAGAAAACGAGGCUGCCUAAGGAUAGAGAUGGGUUGGGUUUCAGAAAUUUGGAGUGCUUCAAUCAAGCUAUGUUAGCAAAGCAGUGUUGGAGAAUAUUGUCUAACCCAUCCUCUUUGAUUGCUAAGGUCCUUAAAGAGAAAUAUUUCAGAAAUUCUGACUUGUUGGAGCCUAGACUUGGGUACAGGCCUUCAUUGAUUUGGAGAAGUAUUAGGGGGGCUUUGGAUUUGUUGAAGGAUGAUGUGGAGGGUGGGAAAUGGUAA